GGCCUCAUUUAUAAAGCUUGCUUACGCACAAAACCGGGCUUGGAAGUGCGUACGCAACUUCUUAUGCAAGAAUUGGGAUUUAUAAAAAAAAGACUAGCGUAGGAAUGUGCGUAACUUUAAGCAAACUACAGACCUUGCUUAAGCACAUUUUGGAGACAAUUGUGACAAGGUGAGAACGAUUGGUUAAUGGAAAGAGCGCAUAUAAAUAGCCAUUCAGUGGCAGCCGUGCGCAAUAAGGCACAAUGGAUGCACUUGCACUUCUCGAAGACCAUGCCAAUGGACGGAUCCGACUGGAGAGGGUAUUCCGAGAUCGGGAAGAUUUCCUGGCUCAUGAUGAUGACUGGCUAAUAAGCCGUUUCAGACUACCUAGAGCCUUGCUCUUGGAUCUGAUUGCUGAAUUGAGUCCAAUUUUAGAGCGACCAACCCACCGGAACCGCGCCAUACCGGCACACAUUAAAGUGCUGACAGCGUUGGGUUUCCUAGCAACGGGCUCGUUCCAGAGGGAAUUAUCCGACAGGUCUGGGAUAUCACAGCCAUCCCUCAGUGCUGCACUGCCAGCUGUUUUGGAUGGGAUAAUCCAAAUGACCAGUCGCUACAUCAGGUUUCCCUACACUGUUGUUGAACAGGCCAACAGCAAAAGGCAAUUUGCAGCAAUGUCCGGUUUCCCUAAUGUAAUCGGCGCAAUUGACUGCACCCACAUUGCUAUAAGAGCCCCCAGCGAGAACGAAUUUGUAUAUGUGAACCGAAAAAAUGUGCACACCAUAAAUGUACAAAUAAUUUGUGACCCCUCAAUGGUGUUGACAAAUUUAGUGGCACGGUGGCCUGGUUCAACACAUGAUUCAUUCAUUUUGGCGCACAGCGGUGUAGGGAACAGACUGCAGGCAGGUGCUGGUCGUGAUGGUUGGCUCCUCGGUGACAGCGGCUACCCACUGAGGCGGUGGCUCCUCACACCAUUUCCAAACCCGCAGAGUGCGGAGGAACGGCGCUUCAACAUAGCGCAUGGCCGUGCACGUUCCGUUGUGGAGCGCGCCAUCGGCCUGCUAAAAAAUAGAUGGAGGUGCUUAGAUGCCUCAGGUGGCAGGCUGCUCUACCACCCCAGAAAAGUGUGCAAAAUUAUAAGAGCGUGUGGAGUACUGCACAAUUUGGCACUGAGGGAUGCAAUCCCUCUCCCACCUGACCUCCCCCCCCCGCAACACGUAGACCCCGACCCACAGCCACCUCCCCGACAUGAGGAACAUCAGCAUGGAGCAAGGCUACGUGAGGAAGUGAUGCGGCGUGUGUAAAAAGGCAAGUGCGCUUCACUUUUGUAACUGUUUUAUUGCGUCAGUUGCAGAUGAAAUCAGUUCACACAUAUUCUGCAUGACCAUGCGUAUUUGUGUUAGUUCAUCCCUGACUUCACGGAUGGCACUGAUGGUUUCCCGCUGUGUUUCCAGGACGCGAUCGGUGAGAACCCGGCCACCUCCGCGCACUCUGGAUCCGCUGGGCGCGCUGGGUACAGACGGGUCCGUGCCAGACGUGCUGGGAAUCUCCUCCACCACCUGUUCCUCCUCCUCCUCGCCCACUGCUACCACCUGUAACGUGACUGAGGACACAAGUCACAUUUAUUGCCACAUGUCUGUACAAACAUUUGAUUGAAUAAACAUAUGAAAUUGUAACCUA